AUGUGUAACAGGAGUAACAGCCUGCUGAAGACUGCCUGCUUCGUCCAGCUUCCACAACAGCCUAUGUCGCGGUGGUGGAUUAUGUGUGUUCGCAUAUUCCGUAAGGACAGCUUGCUUGGUCCAGCACCUACAUCAGCCUACGUGGCGAUGGUGAAUUUUGUGAGUUUGCGUAUUCCAUUCCACUCCCUAAAGGAGAAAAUGGCCACUCCUACUUCCUGGGCACAGGAGGUCAUCACCUGUGACCUUUGUCCUAAGCCUACUCAGCAGUUCUGUAAUAACUGUCAAGUGCGUUUAUGUGUGGACUGUGUCAAAUCUCUCCAAUCUGAAUUUAAAAACCUUAUUUCCGAUAUGAUCCAAACUGUUGAACAAAACAAAGAAAUCCUGAAGAAUACCAAAGUGACCGAAGUCAACAACUACAAGUCUAAACUGAGUGAAUACAAAGACAUACCUGCUGAUAUUGAUGUCAACAUUCCGUCACUGAACACAAACACAGUCCCAGGGAUAGAACAUGAACUCUCCCUUUUAUCUACAAGAGAGUUAUUGGAUAUUGCCAGAGUGAUUGCCACCAUUCUUACGAAAUGCAACAAAAUUUUGAGUGUAGCCUGUGUAGAUGCCAAUGUAAAUUGGGUAAGUGGGGAUGGGAAAGCAAUACGUAUUGACAUACGCGGGAUAUUACGUGACACUUUAGGAGGUUCUUGUCUUCUCGGUGAUAUAGCAGUGAAUAGUGAAGGGGACUUGAUAUACAGUCAUUGCGAUAGCAGAAGUAUAAACAUAGUUAAACAGAGGAAAAAGAAGAAAACAACAAUCACGCCAAAGGGAUGGCAUCCAGUGGGGAUUUCUUGUACCAAAUCAGGACAGAUUCUCGUUAGUAUGGUUUCCACAGAUCGUCUACAGUACAAAAUCUUACGUUACCGGGGGAAGAAGAUGAUGCAAGAAAUAUACAAAGAUGAAGAUGGAAACCCAAUCUAUAAAGGAGGAAAAAGUUCACUUUUUCUUGCAGAGAACAAUAAUGAAGAUAUUUGUGCCUCUGACGUUAAUGCUCAGUCAGUGGUCGUGGUGGACAAGACGGGAAGAGUUCGAUUCCGAUACAAUGGCAAAGAAGAUCAACAUGCAAGAUUAUUUUAUCCUAUACAAAAAGUGACGGACUCUGAUUGUCGAAUAAUUGUGUCUGAUAUUAAUAAUGCCUGUCUUCAUAUCCUUGAUAAGAAUGAACAGUUUUUGAUGAUUGUGGACAACUGUGGACUAUAA